AUUAUGAUGAUUCAAUAGUGGCUUUUCAUUUUAGUGUCGCAACUUUUUUGAAUUUUGUGUAGCCGUCAAUUAGUAAGCCCUUAAACUUUAUCAAAAGCAUAAACAUAUAUAUAUAGUCAGCUUCAUUACUUCUAAGACAGGUUUCUGUAGUGGAAAAAAUUUAAAGGAAAUAGGUAGAAAUGACUGUCCCAAAAUCAUUGAAGGAUACUAAAUUAUUCCAACCAAUCAAGGUUGGUAAGAACGAAUUAAAUCACAGAGUGGUGUUUGCUCCAACCACAAGAUAUCGUGCUCUUGACGAUCAUACUCCAUCCGAUUUGGAAUUACAAUAUUAUGGUGAUAGAUCCCAAUAUCCAGGUUCUUUAAUUACCACAGAAGCUACCUUUAGUGCCGAACAAGGUGGUUUAUUUUCUAAUGUACCAGGUAUUUACACCGAGAAGCACGUUGAAGGUUGGAAGAAAAUUAACGAAAAGAUCCAUGCUAAUAAAUCAUUUUCUUCUAUUCAAUUAUGGUAUUUAGGUAGAGUUGGAAAUCCUAAAUUACUUAAAGAAGCAGGUUUACCUUUCAUUGCACCAUCUCCUGUUUAUGUCACUGACGAAUCUAAAAAGUUAGCCGAGGAAGUUGGAAAUCCAUUAAGAUCAUUAACUGAAGAAGAAAUUCAAGAUAUCAUCCAUGUUCAAUAUCCAAAGGCUGCCAUAAAUGCUCUUGCUGCUGGAUUUGACUAUAUCGAAAUACAUAGUGCUCAUGGAUACCUUUUAGAUCAAUUUUUACAACCAUCUACAAACCAAAGAUCUGAUAAGUAUGGAGGUUCGAUCGAAAAUAGAGCUAGAAUAGUGCUCGAAAUAAUCGAUGUCUUACUUCCUAUUGUUGGAGCAGAUAGAUUAGCAAUUAGACUUUCACCAUGGGCCAAAUUCCAAAACAUGAAAGCGGAAGAAGAUGUGGUUCAUCCAAUUACUACUUUCAGUUAUGUCAUUAAUGAAUUGCAAAAGAGAGCUGAUGUAGGUAAUCAAUUGGCUUAUAUUUCUCUUGUUGAACCUCGUGUUCAAGCUAGUUAUGAUGUUGAAAAGGAAAACCAGGUUGGUGAUAAUGCAUUUGCAUCAUCAAUCUGGAAAGGAAACUUCAUCAAGGCUGGAAACUACACCUAUGAUGCUCCUGAAUUUUCAACGUUAUUGAAUGACAUUGAAGAUAACCGUACCUUAGUAGGGUUCUCCCGAUACUAUGUAUCGAAUCCAGAUUUAGUUAGAAGAUUGAGAGAUGGUUUAGAAUUGACCCCAUAUGUUAGAGCCACGUUCUACACCCAUGAUAAUUGGGGCUAUAACACUUGGAAUUCGUAUGACGAAAAUAAAGAGUUUAUUGAGGCUGAAGAAGUUAAAGUGGUGGCAAAACCAAUUAAAGGUGCUUAUGCUAUUUAGAGAUAUAUAAUCAUCUAUAGAAUAUACGCGUAUUUAUCAUCAAGCCGCUUUUAACAGAUCAGAUAACUUAAGCCUAAUUUAUAAUCAGAAAUAUUUAUAAUCAGAAUGACUGCAAAUUAUUGUCGCACCACAAAUGACGGGUUUAAAGCCAGCCA